CCCAGUGCCCAGCGCCCAGCUGGCGGGCACCCUCCUACCUGAAGGGCACAGGGUUUCGGGAGUGUUUCCACCAUGAUUAUUGCCUUGUUGGGUUUUGUCAUUUUCUCGCUUCAUUGUACAACCUGUGACAAGCCCCUAGAAAGGACCAUCUCCUCCUCCAGCUGGCACUUCACACACACCCUUUAUAAUGCGACCAUCUAUGAAAACUCUGCUCCCAAGACCUAUGUGGAGAGCUCUGUGAAAAUGGGCAUUUACAUCGCCGAGCCCCAGUGGGCAGUGAGAUACCGGAUCAUUUCCGGGGACGUGGCCAAUGUGUUUAAAACAGAGGAGUAUGUGGUGGGCAACUUCUGCUUCCUGAGAAUCCGGACCAAGAGCAGCAACACGGCGCUUCUGAACAGGGAGGUGCGAGACAGCUACACCCUCAUCGUCCAAGCCACGGAGAAGGCCUCGGAGUUAGAAGCUCUGACCCGUGUGGUGGUCCACAUCCUGGACCAGAACGACCUGAAGCCCCUCUUCUCCCCACCUUCAUACCGAGUCACCAUCUCUGAGGACAUGCCCCUCAAGAGCCCCAUCUGCAAGGUGACCGCCACGGAUGCUGACCUGGGCCAGAACGCCGAGUUCUAUUAUGCCUUUAACACCAGGUCGGAGAUAUUUGCCAUCCAUCCCGCCAGCGGUGUGGUCACGUUGGCUGGGAAGCUCAACGUCACCUGGCGAGGGAAGUACGAACUCCAGGUGCUGGCCGUGGACCGCAUGCGGAAAAUCUCAGAGGGCAAUGGGUUUGGCAACUUGGCCGCACUCGUCAUUCAUGUAGAGCCCGCCCUCAGGAAGCCCCCGACCAUCACCUCUGUGGUGGUGGCCCCACCGGACAGCAGUGAGGCUGCCACCUAUGCCACUGUGGUGGUAGAUGCAAACAGCUCAGGCGCUGAAGUGGACUCACUGGAAAUUGUGGAUGGUGACCCUGGAAAGCACUUCAAAGCCAUCAAGUCUUAUGCCCGGAGCAGUGAGUUCAGUUUGGUGUCUGCCAAGGACAUCAACUGGCUGGAGCACCUUCACGGAUUCAACCUCAGCCUGCGGGCCAGGAGUGGGAGCAGUCCUUCUUUUUAUUCCCAGAUCAGGGGCUUUCACCUACCCCCUUCCAAACUGGCUUCCCUCAGAUUUGAGAAGCCUAUUUACAGAGUACAGCUGAGCGAGUUUUCCCCGCCUGGCAGCCGCGUGGUGAUGGUGAAAGUAAGCAGAGCCGUCCCCAACCUGCAGUAUGUUCUAAAGCCAUCCUCAGAGAGUGCGGGCUUUAAACUUCAUGCUCGCACCGGGCUCAUCACCACCACGAAGCUCAUGGACUUCCACGAGAAGGCCCACUACCAGCUGCAUAUCAAAACCUUACCAGGCCUGGCCUCCACCACUGUGGCCAUCGACAUCGUGGACUGUAACAACCAUGCCCCCACCUUCACCAGGUUCUCGUAUGCUGGCACCUUUGAUGAGAACAUCCCUCCGGGCACCAGUGUUCUGACUGUUACUGCCACAGACCGGGAUCACGGAGAGAACGGCUAUGUCACCUAUUCCAUUGCUCGUCCAAAAGCUGUCCCCUUUUCUAUCGACCCUUACCUGGGGAUCAUCUUCACCUCCAAACCCAUGGACUAUGAGCUCAUGAAAAGAAUUUAUACCUUCCAGGUACGAGCAUCAGAUUGGGGAUCCCCAUUUCGCCAGGAAAAGGAAGUAUCUGUUUCUCUUAGGCUCAAUAACUUGAAUGACAACAAACCUAUGUUUGAGGAAGUCAACUGUACUGGGUCUAUCCGUGAAGACUGGCCAGUAGGAAAAUCAGUAAUGACUGUGUCAGCUAUAGAUGUGGAUGAGCUUCAGAACCUAAAAUAUGAAUUUGUGUCAGGCAAUGAACUAGAGUAUUUUUAUCUAAAUCAUUCCUCUGGAGUGAUAUCCCUCAAACGCUCUUUUAUGAAUCAUACUACUGGUCAACCCAUCAAUUACUCCCUGAAAAUUACAGCCUCAGAUGGGAAAUACUAUGCCUCACCUACAACUUUGAAUCUUACUGUAGUGAAGGACCCUCGUUUCAAGGUUCCUUAUAUAACAUGUGAUAAAACAGGGGUACUGACACAUUUCACAAAAACCAUCCUCCACACUGUCGGGCUUCCGAACCAGGACUCUGAUGAGGAGGACUUCACUUCCUUAAGUGCAUUUCAGAUCAAUCAUCAUACCCCACAGUUUGAGGACCACUUCCCGCAGUCCAUUGACAUCCUUGAGCGUGUUCCUCUCAACACCUCCCUGGCCCGCCUGGCAGCCACUGACCCUGAUACUGGUUUUAAUGGCAAACUGGUCUAUGUGAUUGCAGAUGGCAAUGAAGAGGGCUGCUUUGACAUUGAGCUGGAGACAGGGCUGCUCACUGUAGCUGCCCCCUUGGACUAUGAAGCCACCAGUUUCUACAUCCUCAAUGUAACAGUGUAUGACCUGGGCACUCCCCAAAAGUCCUCCUGGAAGCUGCUGACAGUGAAUGUGAAAGACUGGAAUGACAAUGCACCCAGAUUUCCUCCUGGUGGAUACCAGAUAACCAUCUCAGAGGACACAGAAGUUGGAACCACAAUUGCAGAGCUGAAGGCAAAAGAUGCUGACUCAGAUGACAAUGGGAGGGUUCGCUACACCCUGCUAAGCCCCACAGAGAAGUUCUCCCUCCAUCCCCUCACUGGGGAACUGGUUGUCACAGGACACCUGGACAGGGAAUUAGAACCUCAGUAUAUACUCAAGGUGGAGGCCAGGGAUCAGCCCAGGAAGGGCCACCAGCUUUUCUCUGUCACUGACCUUACCAUUACAUUGGAAGAUGUCAACGACAACUCUCCCCAGUGCAUCACAGAACUCAGCAGACUGAAGGUCCCAGAAGACCUGCCCCCAGGAACUAUCCUAACAUUUCUGGAUGCCUUUGAUCCUGACCUGGGCCCAGCGGGAGAAGUGCGACAUGUCCUGUUAGAUGAUGCCCAUGGAACCUUCCAGGUGGACCUGAUGACCGGCGCCCUCACUCUGGAGAAAGAGCUGGAUUUUGAGACAAGGACUGGGUAUAAUCUGAGUCUGUGGGCCAGCGAUAGUGGGAGGCCCCUGGCUCGCAGGACCCUCUGCCAUGUGGAGGUGAUAGUCCUGGAUGUAAAUGAGAAUCUCCACCCUCCUCGCUUUGCCUCAUUUGUACACCAGGGCCAGGUGCAGGAGAACAGCCCCCCAGGAACCCAGGUGACAGUAGUGGCUGCCCAUGACAAUGACAGUGGCUUGGAUGGGGAGCUCCAGUACUUCCUGAGGGCUGGCACCAGUCUUACAGCCUUUAGCAUCAACCAAGACACAGGAAUGAUUCAGACCCUGGUACCCCUGGACCGAGAAUUUGAGUCCUGCUACUGGCUGACGGUACUGGCAGUGGACCGGGGCUCCAUACCCCUCUCUGCUGUAACUGAAGUCUACAUCGAGGUUACGGAUGUCAACGACAACCCACCCCGGAUGUCCAGGCCCGUGUUCUACCCCUCCGUCUGGGAGGAUGCGCCCUUGCACACUUCUGUGCUUCAGCUGGAUGCCUGGGACCCGGACUCCAGCUCCAAGGGGAAGCUGACCUUCAACAUCACCAGUGGCAACCAUAUGGGAUUCUUUGCUAUUCACCCUCUCACAGGUCUGCUGUCCACGGCCCGGCAGCUGGACCGAGAGAGCAAAGACGAACACAUCCUGGAGGUGAUGGUGCUGGACAAUGGGGAGCCCUGCCUAAGGUCCACCUCCAGGGUGGUGGUACGCAUCUCGGACGUCAAUGACAACCCCCCUGUGUUCUCCCACAAGCUCUUCAAUGUUCGCCUUCCAGAGAGGCUGAGCCCUGUGACCCCUGGGCCUGUGUACAGGCUCGUGGCUUCAGACCUGGAUGAGGGUCUCAAUGGCAGGGUCACCUACAGUAUUGAGGAGAGUGACAAGGAGGGCUUCAGCAUCCACCCGGUCACAGGUGUGGUGUCAUCUGGCAACACCUUCACUGCUGGAGAGUACAACAUCCUAACGAUCCAAGCAACAGACAGUGGGCAGCCACCACUCUCAGCCAGUGUCCGGCUCCACAUCGAGUGGAUCCCCCAGCCCCGGCCCUCCUCCAUCCCACUGGCCUUUGAAGAGCCCCACUACAGCUUCACAGUCAUGGAGACAGACCCCGUGAACCACAUGGUAGGGGUCAUCAGUGUUGAGGGCCGACCUGGCCUCUUCUGGUUCAACAUCACAGGUGGGGACAAAGACAUGGACUUUGACAUUGAGAAGACCACAGGCAGCAUCGUCAUCGCUAAGCCUCUCGAUACGAGGAAGAAGUCGAGUUAUAAUUUGACCGUGGACGUGACCGAUGGGUUCCACGCCAUUGCCACCCAGGUCUACAUCGUCAUGAUUGCCAACAUUAACCACCAUCGGCCCCAGUUUCUGCAAGCUCAUUAUGAGGUCAGAGUUCCCCAAGACACACUGCCUGGGGUUGAGCUCCUCCGAGUCCAGGCCACAGAUCAAGACAAGGGCAAGGGCCUCAUCUACACUAUACAUGGCAGCCAAGACCCAGAAAGUGCCACCCUCUUCCAGCUGGACCCAAGCAGUGGUGUCCUGGUAACUGUGGGGAAGUUGGACCUAAGCUCAGGGCCCUCCCAGCACACGCUGACAGUUAUGGUCCGAGACCAGGAGAUGCCCAUCAAGAGGAACUUUGUGUGGGUAUCCAUUCACGUAGAGGAUGGAAACCUCCACCCACCCCGCUUCACCCAGCUCCACUAUGAGGCCAGUGUUCCUGCCACCAUGGCCCCUGGCACAGAGCUGCUCCAAGUCCGAGCCACGGAUGGUGACCGGGGAGCCAAUGCCGAGGUCCACUACUCCUUUCUGAAAGGGAACAGCGAGGGUUUCUUCAACAUCAAUGCCCUUCUAGGCAUCAUCACUCUAGCCCAGAAACUUCAUCAGGCAAGUCACGCCCGGUAUACUCUGACAGUGAAGGCAGAAGAUCAAGGCUCCCCACGGUGGCAUGACCUGGCUACAGUGAUCAUUCACGUCCACCCUUCAGAAAGCAGUGCCCCCAUCUUUUCAAAAGCCGAGUACUUUGUAGAGAUCCCUGAAUCAAUCGCUGUUGGUUCCCCAAUCCUCCUUGUCUCGGCUACAAGCUCCUCUGAAGUUACCUAUGAGUUAAGAGAGGGAAACAAGGAUGGUGUGUUCUCCAUGAACUCAUAUUCCGGCCUCAUUUCCACCCAGAAGAACUUGGACCAUGAGAAAAUUUCAUCUUAUCAGCUGAAAAUCCGAGGCAGCAAUAUGGCGGGAGCAUUUACUGACGUCGUGGUUCUUGUUUACAUCAUUGACGAAAAUGACAACGCUCCCAUGUUCUUAAAGCCGACUUUCGUGGGCCAAAUUAGUGAGGCAGCACCAUUGCACAGCAUGGUCAUGGAUGAAAACAACAACCCCUUUGUGAUUCGUGCCUCUGACAGAGACAAAGAAGCUAAUUCUCUGUUGGUCUAUGAAAUUUUGGAGCAAGAGGCCUUGAAGUUUGUCAAAAUUGAUCCCAGCAUGGGAACGCUAACCAUUAUAUCAGAGAUGGAUUAUGAGAGCACGCCCUCUUUGCAAUUCAGCAUCUAUGUCCAUGACCAAGGAAGCCCCAUCUUAUUUGCACCCAGGCCUGCCCAGGCCAUCAUCUAUAUCAGAGAUGUAAAUGACUCUCCUCCCAGGUUCUCAGACCAGAUAUAUGAAGUAGCAAUAAUGAAGCCCAUCCACCGGGGUAUGGAGCUCCUCAUGGUGUGGGCCAGCGACGAUGACUCGGAAGUCCAUUAUAGCAUCAAAACUGGCAAUGCCGACGAAGCUGUUGCUAUCCAUCCCAUGGAUGGCCGAAUAUCUGUGUUGAAUCCUGUUUUCCUGGGACACUCCCGGGAGCUUACCGUUAAGGCUUCUGAUGGCCUGUAUCAAGAUACUGCACUGGUAAAAAUUUCUUUGACACAAGCUCUUAAUACAAGCUUGCAGUUUGACCAGGAUGUCUACAGGGCAACAGUGAAGGAGAAUUUGCAAGACAGAAAGACACUGGUGAUUUUGGGUGUCCAGGGCAAUCAUUUGAAUGACACCCUUUACUACUUCCUCUUAAACGGCACUGAUAUGUUUUGUAUGGUCAAAUCAGCAGGCGUGUUGCAGACAAGAGGUGUGGCAUUUGACCGAGAACAGCAGGACACUCAUAAGGUGGCAGUGGAAUUGAGGGACAAUAGGACCCCUCAAAGGGUGGCUCAGGCUCUGGUUAUAGUUUCUGUUGAGGAUGUCAAUGACAAUCUCCCUGAGUUUAAGCAUCUGCCUUAUUACACAAUCAUCCAAGAUGGCACAGAGCCUGGGGAUGUCAUCUUUCAGGUAUCUGCCAGUGACCAAGACUUGGGGGUAAAUGGUGCUGUCACAUAUGCAUUUGCAGAAGAUUACACAUAUUUUCGAAUUGACCCCUAUCUUGGGGACAUAUCACUGAAGAAACCCUUUGAUUAUCAAGCUUUAAAUAAGUAUCACCUCAAAGUCAUUGCUCAGGAUGGAGGAAGCCCAUCCCUCCAGACUACUGAAGAGGUAGUUGUCAUUGUAAGAAAUAAAUCUAACCCGCUGUUUCAGAGUCCUUACUAUAAAGUCAGAGUGCCUGAAAAUAUCACACUCUAUACCCCGAUUCUCCACACCCAGGCCCGGAGUCCAGAGGGACUCCGACUCAUCUACAACAUUGUGGAGGAAGAGCCCCUGAUGCUGUUCACCAUUGACUUUAAGACUGGUGUCCUAACAGUAACAGGCCCUUUGGACUAUGAGUCUAAGAACAAACAUGUGUUCACAGUCAGGGCCACAGACACAGCUCUGGGGUCAUUUUCUGAAGCCACUGUGGAAGUCCUGGUGGAGGACGUCAAUGAUAACCCUCCCACUUUCUCCCAGUUGGUCUACACCACUUCAAUCUCAGAAGGCUUGCCUGCUCAGACACCUGUGAUCCAAUUGUUGGCUUCUGACCAGGACUCAGGGCAGAACCAUGAUGUCUCCUAUCAGAUCGUAGAGGAUGGUUCAGAUGUUUCCAAAUUCUUCCAGAUCAAUGGGAGCACAGGGGAGAUGUCCACAGUUCAAGAGCUGGAUUAUGAAUCCCAACAGCACUUUCACGUGAAGGUCAGGGCCAUGGAUAGAGGAAACCCUCCACUCACUGGUGAAACCCUUGUGGUUGUCGGUGUGUCUGACAUCAAUGACAACCCCCCAGAGUUCAGGCAACCUCAGUAUGAAGCCAAUGUCAGUGAGCUGGCAACCUGCGGACACCUGGUUCUCAAAGUCCAAGCUCUUGACCCCGACAGCAGGGACACUUCUCGCCUACAGUACCUGAUUCUCUCUGGCAAUCAGGACCGGCACUUCUCCAUUAACAGCUCCUCAGGAAUAAUUUCUAUGUUAAACCUUUGCAAAAAGCACCUGGACUCUUCUUACAAUUUGAGAGUAGGUGCUUCUGAUGGGGUCUUCCGAGCAACUGUGCCUGUGUAUAUCAACACUACAAAUGCCAACAAGUACAGCCCAGAGUUCGAGCAGCAUGUUUAUGAGGCAGAGUUAGCAGAAAAUGCAAAGGUAGGAACCAAGGUGAUUGAGUUGUUAGCCAUUGAUAAAGACAGUGGUCCCUAUGGCACUGUAGAUUAUACCAUCAUCAAUAAACUAGCAGGUGAGAAGUUCUCCAUAAACCCCCAUGGGCAGAUCACCACUCUGAAGAAAUUGGAUCGGGAAAAUUCAACGGAAAGAGUCAUCGCUAUUAAAGUCAUGGCUCAGGAUGGAGGAGGAAAAGUGGGCUUCUGCACUGUGAAGAUCAUCCUCACAGAUGAAAAUGACAAUGCUCCACAGUUCAAAGCCUCUGAGUACACAGUGUCCAUUCAAUCCAAUGUCAGUAAAGACUCCCCAGUUAUCCAGGUGCUGGCCUAUGAUGCAGAUGAAGGUCGAAAUGCAGAUGUCACCUAUUCAGUGGACUCAAUAGAGGACUUGCAUGAACAGAUCAUUGACAUCAAUCCAACCACUGGUGUUGUCAAGGUGAAAGAGAGCCUGGUGGGAUUGGAAAAUCGGGUCUUUGACUUAAAAAUCAAAGCCCAAGAUGGGGGGCCUCCUCACUGGAACUCUCUGGUGCUGUUACGUCUUCAGGUGGUUGAUAAUGAAGUAUCCUUGCCCAAAUUUUCUGAACCUCUGUAUACUUUCUCUGCAUCUGAAGACCUUCCAGAAGGGUCUGAAAUUGGUUCUGUUAAAGCAGUGGCAGCUCAAGAUCCAGUCAUCUAUAGUCUAGUGCAGGGCACAACACCCGAGAGCAACAGAGAUGGUGUCUUCUCCUUGGACCAAAACACAGGGGCUCUAAAGGUGAGGAAGGCCAUGGACUAUGAGUCUACUAAAUGGUACCAGAUUGAUUUGAUGGCAUAUUGCCCCCAUAAUGACACUAACUUGGUUUCCUUGGUGUCCGUCAACAUUCAAGUGAAGGACGUCAAUGAUAAUAGGCCUAUAUUUGAGGCUGAUCCAUAUAAGGCUGUCCUCACUGAGAAUAUGCCAGUGGGGACUGCGGUCAUUCAAGUGACUGCCAAUGACCAGGACACUGGGAAGGAUGGCCAGGUGAGUUACAGGAUGCCAGUGGAUCCCGACAGUAAUAUCCAUGAGCUCUUUGCCAUUGACAGUGAAACUGGCUGGAUCACUACACUCCAGGAACUUGACUGUGAGACCCGCCAGACCUACCACUUUUAUGUGGUAGCCUAUGACCAUGGCCGGACCAUCCAGCUAUCUUCUCAGGUCCUGGUCGAAGUCUCCAUUACAGAUGAGAAUGACAAUGCUCCCCAAUUUGCUUCUGAAGACUACAGAGGAUCUGUGGUCGAGAACAGUGAACCUGGUGAACCUGUGGCCACUCUUAAAACCUUUGAUGCUGAUAUUUCUGAGCAGAACAGACAGGUUACCUGCUAUAUCACAGAGGGAGACCCCUUGGGCCAGUUUGGCAUCAGCCAAGUUGGAGAUGAGUGGAGGAUUUUCUCGAGGAAGACCCUGGACCGUGAGCACAUGGCCAAGUACUUGCUCAGAAUCACAGCUUCUGAUGGCAAGUUCCAGGCUUCGGUCAUUGUGGAGAUCUUUGUCCUGGACAUCAAUGAUAACAGCCCUCAGUGCUCACAGCUCCUCUAUACCGGCAAAGUCAGUGAAGAUAUAUCUCCUGGACACUUCAUUUUGCAAGUUUCUGCAACAGACUUGGACUCUGAUACCAAUGCUCAGAUCACAUACACUCUGCAUGGUCCUGGAGCAGAUGAAUUUAAACUAGAUCCUCAUACAGGGGUGCUGACCACACUCACAGCCCUAGACCGAGAGAGGAAGGAUGUGUACAGCCUUGUUGCCAAGGCGACAGAUGGAGGCGGCCAAUCUUGCCAGGCAGAUGUGACCCUCCAGGUGGAGGACGUGAAUGACAACGCCCCCCGCUUCUUCCCGAGCCACUGUGCUGUGGCUGUCUUUGACAACACCACGAUUAAGACCCCCGUGGCCGUGGUACUGGCUCGGGAUCCAGAUCAAGGCACCAAUGCCCAGGUGGUUUACUCCCUGACCGACUCUGCUGAAGGCCACUUCUCCAUCGAGGCCACCACGGGUGUGAUCCGGCUGGAGAAGCCGCUGCAGGUCAGGCCGCAGGCAGCACUGCAGCUCACCGUUCGUGCCUCUGACCUGGGCACCCCGAUCCCGCUGUCCACACUGGGCACCGUCACGGUGUCCGUGGUGGGCCUCGAAGACUACCUGCCCGUGUUCCUGAACACGGAGCACAGAGUGCAGGUGCCCGAGGACGCCCAGCCUGGCACAGAGGUGCUGCAUCUGGCCACCCUCACCCGUCCGGGUUCUGAGAAGACUGGCUAUCGCAUGGUCAGCGGGAAUGAGCAGGGGAGGUUCCGCUUGGAUGCCCGCACAGGGAUCCUAUACGUCGACAGGAGCCUGGACUUUGAGACAAACCCCAAGUACUUCCUGUCCAUUGAGUGCAGCCGGAAAGGUUCUUCCUCCCUCGGUGACAUGACCACAAUCGUGGUCAACGUCACUGAUAUCAAUGAACACCGACCCAGAUUCCCCCAGGAUCGGUACAGCACGAGGGUCUUAGAGAAUGCCAUCGUGGGCGACACUGUGCUCACGGUGUCAGCUACUGAUGAAGAUGGACCCCUAAAUAGUGCCAUCACCUACAGCCUGGUAGGAGGGAACCAGCUUGGGCACUUUGCCGUCCACCCCAAGAAGGGGGAGCUACAGGUGGCCAAGGCCUUGGAUUGGGAACAGACUUCUAGCUAUUCCCUGAGGCUCCGAGCCACAGACAGUGGGCGGCCCCCACUGCAUGAGGACAUAGACGUCGCCAUCCAAGUGGUCGAUGUCAAUGACAACCCACCAAGAUUCUUCCAGCUCAACUAUAGCACCUCUGUUCAGGAGAACUGCCCCAUCGGCAGCAAAGUCCUGCAGCUGAUCCUGAGUGACCCGGACUCCCCAGAGAAUGGCCCUCCCUACUCAUUUCAAAUCACCAAGGGGAACGACGGCUCUGCCUUCCGAGUGACUCCAGAUGGGUGGCUGGUGACCACCGCGUACCUGAACAGGAAAGUCCAGGAAUGGUAUCAGCUUCAGAUCGAGGUGUCCGACAGCGGCAUCCCACCCCUUUCAUCUUCCACGGCUGUCAGAGUCCACGUCACGGAGCAGAGCCACUACCCACCCUCCGCCCUCCCACUGGAGAUCUUCAUCACCGUCGGGGAGGAGGAGUUCCAGGGCGGCAUGGUGGGCAAAAUCCAUGCCACAGACCGAGACCCGCAGGACACGCUGACCUACAGCCUGGCAGGAGAGGAGACCCUGGGCAGGCGCUUCUCGGUGGGAGCGUCCGAUGGCAAGAUCAUCGCUGCCCAGGGACUGCCUCAUGGCCGCUAUGCGUUCAAUGUCACAGUCAGCGAUGGGACCUUCACUACCACUGCUGGGGUCCACGUCCACGUGUGGCAUGUGGGGUGGGAGGCUCUGCAGCAGAGCAUGUGGAUGGGCUUCCACCAGCUCACCCCGGAGGAGCUGGUGAGCGACCACUGGAGGAACCUGCAGAGGUUCCUCAGCAACAAGCUGGACAUCAGACGAGCCAAUAUCCACUUGGCCAGCCUUCAGCCUGCAGAGGCCACGGCGGGGGUGGAUGUGCUUCUGGUCUUUGAGGGGCAUUCCGGAAACUUCCACAAGCUACAGGAGCUGGCAACCAUCAUUGCUCAGUCAGCCAAGGAAAUGGAGCACUCGGUGGGAAUUCAGAUGAGGUCAGCCAUGCCUGUGGUGCCCUGCCAGGGACCAAGCUGCCAGGGUCAAAUCUGCCAAGAGACAGUGCACCUGGACCCCAGGGUCGGGCCCACGUACAGCACAGCGAGGCUCAGCAUCCUGACCCCGCGGCACCACCUGGAGGGGAACUGCUCCUGCAAUGGCACUGCUGCAAGGUUCAGCGGUCAGAGCUUCGGGCGGUACAGUCUCCCAGAGGCUCAGAACUGGCACAUCCGUUUCCGUCUGAAAACACUCCAGUCACAGGCCGUUCUCCUGUUCAGCAAUGGGACAGUGCAUAUCUCCCUGAAGCUGGUCGAUGGUGUGCUCGAGCUGGAAUACCGUUGCCCAGGUGGUUUUUAUGGAACGCUUUCCUCCUGGCUCCAUGUGAAUGACAGAGAGUGGCACUCCGUUCUGGUGAAGGAGACGGAUACUUCCAUUCGCCUGUUGGUUGACAGCUCAGGCAACGGCUCCCUUGUGCUCCCAGAGAAGUGCCAGGGUCUGAGGCCCGAAAGGGACCUCUUUCUAGGCGGCCUUGUCCUCUCUCACUCUCCCCCGAAUGUCUCCCAGGGCUUCGAAGGGUGCCUGGAUGCGUUCACCAUCAAUGGAGAGGCACUGGAGCUGCUGGCCCAUGGCAAGAAGGCGGUGGGCUUGCUGGAGAGGCAGGCCCUCACCCAGUGCUGCGUCCACAGCAAAGACUGUAGCCAGAACCCGUGUAUCAACGGCGGGAAGUGCUCACAGGCCCAUGGGACAGGCUAUGUCUGCGAAUGUCCCCCACAGUUCUCUGGGAAACACUGUGAACAAAGAAAGGAGAACUGUACUUUGAUGCCCUGCCUGGAAGAUGGAACUUGCAUCCCCUCCCCUGAAGGAGCCGCCUGUAACUGCCCUCACCCCCACACAGGAGAUAGGUGCGAAAUGGAAGCAAGGGGCUGCUCAGAAGGACACUGCCUGGUCACCCCUGAGAUCAAAAGUGGGGACUGGGGGCAGCAGGAGAUUCUGAUCAGCAUAGUGCCCCUACUGUUCGCUAUUGCCAGCAUUGUUGGGCUUCUCCUCUACUGCCGCCGUUGCAAGUCCCACAAGCCUGUGGCCAUGGAAGACCCAGACCUCCUGGCUAGGAGCAUUGGUGUUGACACCCAAGCCAUGCCUGCCAUCGAGCUCAACCCCCUGAGCACCAACUCCUGCAACAACUUGAACCAACUAGAGCCCAGUAAGAUCUCAGGUCCAAAUGAACUCGUCACUUUCGGACCCAGCUCUAAGCAGCAGCCAAUGGUCUGCAGUGUGCCUCCCAGACUCCCACCGGCUGCGGUCCCUUCCCACUCUGACAAUGAGUCCAUCAUUAAGAGGACCUGGUCAGGCGAGGAGAUGGUGUACCCAGGUGGAGCCACGGUCUGGCCCCCUACUUACUCCAGGAAGGAGCACUGGGAAUAUCCCCACUCUGAAGUGACCUCGGGCCCUCUGCCGCCCUCGCCUCACCGCCACCAGAACCCAGCUGUGAUGCCAGAACCCACUGGCCUCUAUGGGGGUUUUCCCUUCCCACUGGAGCUGGAAAACAAGAGGGCACCCCUCCCACCACGCUACAGCAACCAGAACCUGGAAGAUCUGAUGCCCCCGCGGCCCCCCAGUCCCCGGGAACGCCUGCUGGCCCCCUGUCUCAAUGAGUACACAGCCAUCAGCUACUACCACUCGCAGUUCCGGCAGGGUGGGGGAGGGCCCUGCCCAGCAGAGGGGGGGUACAAGGGGGUGAGUAUGCGCCUCAGCCGUGCUGGGCCCUCUUAUGCUGACUGUGAGGUGGGGGGUGGGCUUCCCGCAGGCCAGGGCCAGCCCCAGGCACCCCCCAACUAUGAGGGCUCUGACAUGGUAGAGAGUGAUUAUGGGAGCUGUGAGGAGGUCAUGUUCUAGCUGUCCUCAGAGGAAGGCAGGUGGGAGGCCAAGGGCUUGGCACCUUCUCCCUGUCUCAUAGAGUGAGUAGAGCAUGUCUGGGAAGGUGGGAGGGAAGCCCCCAUGCCCAUUCCAGGCUGCCAUACCUUGAAAUGUGCUCUUCCAGAGCCCCAGCUAGUCCCUGAGGAUGGAGGGAAGCUGAGGGUAGAGCUCCAGAAACAGCAUGAGGGCCCCAGCAGAAAGGGGAUGCACAGAGCAGUUACCCUGGAAAGCCAGGAAAAGCUGACUCCUAAGUGGGCAAGAGGCAGCCUGUCUCUGAUCUGCCACCUCUCAGUGCCCAGGGAGGCAGGGCCUGAACUACUGGGUCAACUCUUUUGGGGCACAUUCUUAUACCUGCACAGCUCCAUUCUGGAGGAAGAGGCAGGCACAUGCCUCACAGGCUACCACAACACCCACCAUAGAGACGAGGUUCCAGGGUCGCUGACCCUGGAGGGCCACAGGGUGUCCUCCUAGGGCUGAGAAGUGAGCAGCAGGCGAGCAGUUACCAGAAGUCACUUAUGCACCCUGCCUCGUUCAUAUAUCUAUUGCAGCACCUGCUCCAUGUCAGGCGCUGUGCUAGGCAUCGGGGAUAAGAUGGUGAACGAGGGCGACAAGGGUGCCUGAGGAGCAUCGCUUUGGCCUCAGUCUCCUGGAGGUCCCACUCCUCUAAUCCAGAUUCCAACCAAGCCACUUGCUCCACCUCUUUAAGUUACAUGGCUUUCUAUCAGACAGGGCCAGCCAGGAUUUCUGCUGCCCUGGACCUUCUUUGUUAAAGAAUUCAGACCUCAUGGAACUCUGGGUUCUUCAUCCCAAGUUUCUCAAGCACUUUGGGCCAAAGGCAGGAAGGAUAUAAUUCAUAAUUUUUAAAAAUUUUAGGCACUUUUCAACCUUGCUGUAUGGAUGAGUUGCCCCAAAGGGAUUUUUCUUCCAUAGACACAAGGAACUUACAAUGUCCAUUCAGGGCAAGGUAGAGGCAGGGAGCCAGACAGCAGGGUGUUGGUGUCCACACUGGACACCCUGCCCUUGCCUGCCCCUCCAUUUCAGAAUCCUGCCAAUCUAAGUGUUACCUGCAGUGACUCAACCCUAUGCAUGGACAGUCAAUGUGGGCAUGUGUCUACACAUGUGGGCACCCAUGUAUAAUACAUUUGUACACAUGUGUAGAAUGUAUGUAGCCAGGAGUGGCAGCAAUCAGAUAAUUCUGGUGGCCUUGCUACUCUGCCCACACCCCAUCCCUUUCUCUGGUCCACUUCUUUUUCAUGUGUUAUUUCUGGAGACAAAAGCCAAAAGGAAGAGCAACAGAGUCUCUCACCCCCAGGGUUGCUGUUCACAGCGAGAGAGAGGCUGGGUGGGUGAGUGUGUGUUUGUGUGAGUGGUUCGUGGCUGUGCGUGAGACUGUGAGUGUGAAUGAUGGUGUACAUGGUUUCAUUGGUUUUUGUCUUUUUUUUUUUAACAAUAAAGUAUCUUUUUUACUGUUA